GCCACGGCCCUGGUUGCAGGUCUCAGCGCUGUCUCGGGAUGAACGGUUUACAGACUGACCGUGCCCUCGGCCCCACCCCCCCGUAAAUCCGUUGCUCGACUAAAUUCAGGACGCGGAGCCGCGCGCCCUCACCAGCACGUGGAUGUCACUGGGAUAGAGGUACUGACGGCUGGGAGACUGCGUGCGAUUUCUGCUGUUCGGAGCCGAUUUGGGCCGAAAUCGCCACAGGAGUAGCGCCCUCUAGUCGUCCCGCAUAAUGGGGAGAGCGCCCCUCUCCAGCGCCGCGGGGGCAGCCUGCCUGUGCGUGUGCGCGCUCCUGUGCGGCAUCGUCUGCGGGGGCUGGGACUCUCAGCAAACAUCUCAGUUAACCGCAUAUGAAUUGACCAUCCCUCGACGAAUCGAGAGGCAAAGACGCGACAUGGAGAGCAUAGCCUCUUCACAGGUGUCCUACAUCAUCAGAAUCCAAGGGAAGGACCAUGUCAUUGUUCUGGAGAAGAACGAGCAUCUCCUUCCCAAAGACUUCACGGUGUACUCAUACGCUGAGGACGGCAGCCUGGUCACAGAGCAGCCACAUUUGCAGGAACACUGCCACUUCCAGGGUUAUGUGGAGGACCUACCCGGCUCCUCCGUGGCUCUCAGCAUCUGCUCCGGUCUGAGAGGUGUCCUUCAAAUGGGCAAUGCCACCUAUGGGCUCGAGCCCCUGGAGUCAUCCACCAGCUUCCAGCAUUUGGCAUACAGGCUGGAGGACAUGAGGACAGAACCGCUGGAAUGUGGGACCCCACACGUAGAGCCUGGCUUGCCCGUCGGCCGUACACUUAGAACAAAGAGAGCGAUUCUGCACCAAACACACUUUGUGGAGCUGCUUCUGGUGGUGGAUAACGAGAGGUUCGUCCACAUGAACCGGAACCAGACGGCUGUGCGGGAUGGGAUGGUCCAGCUGGCUAAUUACAUUGACAGCAUGUAUGCACCGCUGAACAUCCGAGUGGUUCUUGUGGGCCUGGAGAUCUGGAGCCAGCGAAACCUGAUCAACACAGAUGGUGGUGCCGGUGAGGUGCUGGCCCGCUUCGUUCAGUGGAGGGAACAGGUGCUGGGGUCCAGGCGGCGGCAUGACAGCGCCCAGCUUGUCCUGAGAAGGAGCUUUGGCGGCACAGCGGGAAUGGCCUUCGUCAGCGCUGUAUGCUCACGCAGUCAUGGUGGUGGAAUCAAUGCAUACACUGGCUCCAGUGUGCUGGUUCUGGCCUCCAUCGUUGCCCACGAACUGGGUCACAACCUGGGCAUGAACCAUGAUGAUGGGCGUGCCUGUUACUGUGACGCCACUCGCUGCAUCAUGAAUUCGGGGACAACUGGCUCACGAAAUUUCAGCAGCUGCAGCUCAGAUGACUUUGAGAAGCUGAUUCUGAGUGGGGGAGGCAGCUGCUUGCUGAAUGUACCCCAGCCAGAUGAGGCCUACAACACCCCCUACUGUGGGAACAAACUGCUGGAUGUGGGAGAGGAGUGUGACUGUGGCUCUGACAAGGAGUGUGAGUCAGACCCGUGCUGUGAAGCCCAGACAUGCAGACUAAGACAAGGGGCACAGUGUGCAGAUGGCGUGUGCUGCAAGAACUGUCAGUUCCUGCCAGCUGGUGCCGUGUGCCGCCCAACCCAUGAUGAAUGUGACUUGCCCGAGUACUGUAAUGGCUCUUCGCCUGUGUGCCAGAGUGACGUUUUCAAACAGAAUGGGCACCCAUGUCGAGCAGGACAUGCCUAUUGCUACAAUGGGCAGUGCCAGCACUAUGAUGCACAAUGCCAGGCUAUCUUUGGGUCCAAGGCAAAAGUGGCACCGGAGGUGUGCUUCAGAGCUGUCAACUUCAAGGGUGACCGCUUUGGGAAUUGUGGUUACCAAGGGCUUGGCUACAGGAAGUGUGAAAUCAGGAAUGCCAUGUGUGGGAAGCUGCAAUGUGAAAAUGUGCAGACGGUCACGGUCUUUGGCAUUGAGCCUUCCAUUAUCCAGACGCCCAUCGCAGGGACCAAGUGCUGGGGAGUUGACUUCAUGCUGGGUUCGGAUGUCCCAGACCCCGGGAUGGUCAACGAAGGGACUCGAUGUGGGGAGAACAUGGUGUGUUUAAAUUACCAGUGUGUGAGCGCUGAUGUCCUCAAAUAUGACUGUGACAUAGAGAGUAAAUGCAACGGUCAUGGGGUGUGUAACAGCAAUAAGAACUGUCACUGUGAUAGUGGCUGGGCUCCACCAACCUGUGAGGUCAGAGGUUAUGGCGGCAGUGUGGACAGUGGCCCUACCUGGAAUGAAAAUGACACAACACUGCGGGAUGGCUUGCUGAUAUUCUUCUUUGCUGUACUGCCAUCCCUGGUCCUCGUCCUGUAUGUGUUCUUCAGGAGAAAUCAGCUACGCCAGCGAUUCUACCUGAAGAAGAGGUCACAGGGCUACAAAGCGGACUGCGGACCCCAGAGCAGCAGCUGGCAAGAGCCCCCACGGAUGGGAGGACUCAGCCAUACAUCCAAGGAAGGAGUGAGUAGCUCUGUUGGGCAAGCAAGCAGGACAUCUUCAGCUCUGACACAAGCUGCCAAGCCCCAACUGCCACUCCUCCCUCCCCGACCAGGAGGAUCUUCCACUUCCAACCUGCCUGACGUCAUCAGACCCACAGCUGCACCAAAGCUAGUACCUCAAAGACCGGCACCUCCACCCCCAGUAUAGCCCAUGAGGAGAAGUGAUGGAGGCUUCAUUGCUCAGCAUCCUUCCCUGGGAACCCUGAUCAACCAGCCUUGGCCUUUGAACCUCUGACCCUCACUGUGCUGAAUCUCAGCAGGGUUCACCUUUCAGGAAACCUGGAUGUGUUUUCAGGUCUGGGAACGUGUGAACCACCUUUAAGAUCUUCCAUCGUUUGGACGCACUGUACUGAUAAUGAUGUAAUAAUGAUGUAAUGUUUCCCUCACUGAAAGUGCCCAUGUGUUUUUUUUUAAAAAAAAAAACUUCUUCCAUCUUUCCCACAUGUUGGUAAAUGUUUAUAUUUCUGUGAACACCAUUGUGCUGGUGUUGCUCUUUGUAUGUUUUUUUAAGUCGCUACUUUGCGGUUAUGCUCUGUAUGAAAUGAGUUAUUUGUGGAUGUUAAAGAAUUCUGAAAAACGUUCAGUUUCACUGAACUACGGCGCUCCUCCAAAUCCUCACGCAUGUAUGCACGCAGUAACACGGCCUGUAGUUGGCAGAGCAGCUGAGGACUGUGUCAGAUUGUGUUGAAAAGAGUUUGAUUCCAAGAAAGUGUUUUGUUGCCUUGACGCUGAAGGCGUAACCUGACAUGAGUUGCUUUGGUGUGAGAAUUCAUCUGUGUGCAUGGGUUAACUGAUGAAAUUACAAGCUAUGAAUUUCACUCCAUAUCAGAAUGCCGAUCAACCAAACAACGCAAAAUGAAUAAAUAAUAUUGUGCUCUCACAUAAUAACCAGAUGUUUAUAUGCUGUGGGGUGUGUGUGUUGCACUCUUGCUCUUUUCUAUGAACAUGCGGACUGUUAGCCUACCUGGCACUGGAAUCAGAAAUAACAGUUUUCUGUCACUUUCUUAUAUGUAUUUUGUAUGUUAAGAAAAAACUGGCGUGAUUUUUAUUUGAUUUGUAUGGAUGAAUGUGUAUGUUUUUCCUGUGAGGUUAGACAGUUCAAAUCCAGGGUCUCACUACCAUUUCUUUCAUCUCGCGCCACGAUUCAGCAUGCCUGCUGUUAUUGUUGCUGUCAGAGGAAUGCUCUUUGGCUGGUGUAACAAUUUUUCAACCAUGCAAUCAGCCAUUACAAUUAAAUAUAUCUCUUAUUACAGUCUGUGUGUGUUUA